GUUGAGGCUACAAAAGGAUACCCCCAAUCUCCCCAUUGUUCACCGCCAUCAGUGUUGGUCUGACCUCUCAGCUGCUCAGCCAUGGCCCCAAAGAAAGCCAAGAAGAGGACAGCAGAGGGAGCCAACUCCAAUGUUUUCUCCAUGUUUGAGCAGGCUCAGAUCCAGGAAUUUAAAGAGGCCUUCACUAUCAUGGACCAGAACAGAGACGGCUUCAUUGACAAGAAUGACCUGCGAGACACUUUUGCUGCUCUAGGACGUCUGAAUGUGAAACAGGAGGAGAUUGACGAGAUGCUUAAAGAGGCUCCUGGCCCAAUCAACUUCACAGUCUUCCUCACCAUGUUUGGUGAGAAGCUGAAAGGCGCUGAUCCAGAGGAGACGAUUCUCAACGCGUUUAAAGUCUUCGACCCUGAAGGGAAGGGCGUGCUGAGGAAGGACUAUGUGACACAGAUGCUUACAACACAAGCAGACAGAUUCUCACCAGAAGAGAUGGAGCAGAUGUUUACCGCCUUCCCGCCAGAUGUGGCAGGAAACCUGGACUACAAGAACCUGGUUCACAUUAUAACCCAUGGAGAGGAAAAGGACCAGGAGUAAACAUCAUGUUCAUCAUCUAGAAAGCCAGUCUUUUGUCCAUGUGACUUGAAACCAAAGAAGAGAGGGACUGAGAGUAUUUAAAUGCCUUCAGUUGGCUGCAGUGAGCAUCACGACUAAAAUAAAAUAUCCAGGCACCAAAAACCAACAGUCACCAUCGUCUACACUAUAAUGCCCUCCAUGUCUUCUCUAUCCAUCACCUGACAAUAUUAAAUUAUUUUGCCUCGUUACUUUCUACACUCAAAGCCAUUUUCCUAUUCUUUCAGAAUGAUCCAUU